AUGCUGGAACAUACGUUUUGGAAGUUUCAUAUCCAAACUAGGAUUUCAGCAAGUGAUGCUGAUCCUUGUUUGUAUAUGAGGGAGAGAAAUGAAAAGAAAAUAGUACUUGUUCUCUACGUAGAUGAUGGACUUAUUGCAUCGACUGAUCAACAAGAGUUGGAGAUUUUCAUUGAAGAACUGAAAACCGAGUUCAAAAUUACUUCAAAUAAUGCAUCGUACUUUCUUGAACUCGAAAUGAAUCAAACAGAAAAUGGAUUAAAAAUAGACCAAAAAGCGCACGCAAGAAAAAUUUUGGAACGUUUCCAGUUCAGUCAGUGUAAAGCAAAUUCAACUCCAAUAGGGAAGAAUUCAGAAACUUCGCAAUCAGGGAAAGAAGUACCCAGUAAAUUUCCAUACAGGCAAGCAGUUGGUGCUCUGAUGUAUCUUAUGGUAGGCACAAGACCUGAUUUGGCUUACAGCGUUGGAUUCCUUUCAAGAUCCUUAGAAAAUCCCACAAGAGAGGAUAUAACAAGAGUUAAAAGAGUUUUUCGUUACAUAUCUGGAACUUUGGACUUAGGUAUUGAAUAUCGAAAAGAUUUUAAGAAAGGAAUUCUAGAAUGCUUUAGUGAUGCAGAUUUUGGUGGAUGCAAAAGUACUGGAAGAUCAUCUUGUGGAGUUGUAAUCAAUUAUGCAGGUGGAGCUAUUUCCUGCCUUAGUCAAAGACAAGCAAUGGUUGCAACAUCCAGAACAGAAUCCGACUUUAGAGAAUGUUAA